UGACAAUGUGUGAGUAAAUCCACUCAGCCGUACAGCAUGAAACAAGAAGAAGAGCAUCUCCUAGACCACGAGUCCGACGUUGCACACACUUCUCUUAUAUCGGAUCACAAUUCAAAUCGUUCUCCCUGGCUCACUGCAUACUUUGUUACAAUUCAUUUUCUCCUCUUAUGCUGCUUUGCUGUGGCGGUUUCUUUGGCGACAGAGAGCCUGCGUAAUAGCUUGCCUUAUACCAUCUUCCCCGAACUUCAGUCGCUUCAAUAUACCGUCAAAUUCGAGCACGCAACAAAUCACACCCAGUACAGCGCAUAUUCAGGCCCACCGAAUGAUGUCAAUGCGGUUGCAUGGGAAGCCUUGAUUGAACCAUUAGAGCUCCAACAUGCCGGUAUCCGACCCGAAACCGCGGUUAAGGUUAAGGACGGGGGGUUCAUUGCGGCGUUGGGCGUGUACCACGAGCUUCAUUGUUUGAAUAAGUUGCGAUACUUCCUUUACGAUCGCUUCUCUAUGCCUAACGUCACGCAAACUGCCCUUGAUUAUUGGACAGACCACUUAGAUCAUUGCAUAGAGGUCCUUCGAAUCUCUCUAAUGUGCACAGCAGAUCUCAGUCUUUAUACGUUCAGCUGGCCGGACGAUCCGGAUGCGAUUUUCCUGAACGCUCACUCCAAUUCCCCGCGUAAAUGUGUUAAAUGGGAGCAACUGGAACGGUGGAGCACGAAAAGAAAAAUCUCGUUAUCACCAGUACUUCUGAAGACGGCUCCGAACAAAUCCAAUCCAAAAGAGGACAGCAUAUGA